AUGGAUACCCCCAUGACUGAAGCCGACCGGACAGCGGCCAUCGACCAGCUUCGCAAAAAUGUUUUUAGUCGUACAUCACUAACUUUUCUCCCUCAUCGCCAAGAUCGUUUUAUGGAAGAUUAUUCUGAUCUUCCAGGAGGAAAAAGCAUGUCUAUUCGUAACCGAAUCAAACUUAUUCCCGAUAAUUAUCAGAGAAAGUUUCUUAGACGUGUCGAGACUGUGGUCCAGCAUUCCAGGCAGGCUUUGUUAGAUCAUUUCUCUGAAUUCAACUGGGAAGCGGACGCCUGGAGAGAUAUCUUUGGUAGACUUCGAGAUGAUGAACGACUCCGCAUGGACAAGCGCGAAUAUAAUUACAAGGCGACUAUUCUCGAUAAUGUGGAGAUUGAAACGAGUCGAUAUAAAAACUUGAUAUAUAUGGGGAAAAUAAUUCCAGAUAUCACUUUCGGUCUGUCCGUGUAUGAGUCUGGAGACCCAGAAGACGAGGGUGUUGAUGAGAGGGAAAGAAGGAUUCGAAGAUCCCUUGAGGAGACUCAACUAGGAAAUAAUAUCUGGGAGCUUGAUGGAUUAUCUUUGGUCACUGAUCCGAAAUGGGGCGAACAUACUCUUCUUUUCCCAUUUGCAGUAUAUGAAGCCAAAAAGGACGAAAAGUCCGAAGUUCAGGUUAAGCUACAAUUGAAGCUUGCAUUCAAUACCUAUCUUCAAAUGUUAGACAACCUGGUUCGUCAACCUGGAAAAAAGGAGUACCAAUCGCCUGAAAGCAGAAUAUUUCCCAUAUUUGGAUUUACUUCUAGCGGCAGUAUGUGGAAGAUGUAUGUUGGUUAUCUGCCUAAUUGUUUUCAAAAUGAUCCUGAUUCGGCCGAUGAUCCUCUUUGUGAUGAUGAUAGCCACAUGAAGUUGAUAUGGUGGGGGGACACGUGCAAUCGCCAACAUGCUGGCGAGCUCAUUGACAUGAUUGACCAAAUACAUGAAUAUGCAGUAACUUCGCAUCGACCAUUUGUGGCUAGCCAUAUCGACGACUGGAAAGUAUUUAUGGGGCGCCGGUAUCAUAAAUGGAUUAUAUCCGAUGGUUUUGAUCCAGCUGACUCGGGGAAAGAUGUGGAGCCUGGCUGGUAUUCAGUGAAGAGAAACGGGAUGGAGGUACGCAAAUUACUAAAAGCCAAGCGCAAAAAGGGUAUGGUACUCACAGAUGACGAAUUGAAGCGGUCAGUUCUCGAGACAAGGUUGAAUGAAGCCGAGAAUACAAAGACUGGAGGGUCCCCCCGACGCCGAGGAAGACCGAGGAAGGUGCAAAAAAUAAAAUAA